CCGGAUGUUGUGUCUGUGUCACGUCCUGACGUCCGCUCCUGUUUGAACAAUCUUACGUGUCAUUCGUGGAGUUUCACUGAUCCUGAACCUGCUGGACUCGUUGGAAUCAACUGAUCCCGGCUGGUUCUGGUUCUGAGCUGCAAGUUACCCUUACGUUAAAAGUUGCUAACCUACCAGAAGCAUGAAGGCCAUGAUCCUGGUGGGGGGGUACGGGACCCGGCUGCGACCGCUCACCCUCAGCGUCCCGAAGCCGCUGGUGGACUUCUGCAACAAACCCAUCCUGCUGCACCAGGUGGAGGCGCUGGUCAAGGCCGGGGUGGACCAUGUGGUUCUGGCGGUGAGCUACAUGUCAGAGCUGCUGGAGAGAGAAAUGCGAGUCCAGGAGGAGAGACUCGGGAUCCGUAUCACUUUGUCUCAUGAGACGGAGCCUCUGGGAACAGCCGGUCCUCUGGCGCUGGCACGAGACCUGCUGGAUGUGGACAAGGAGCCGUUCUUCGUCCUGAAUUCAGACGUCAUCUGUGACUUUCCCUUCAAAGAUCUUCUGCAGUUCCACCGCAACCACGGCAAGGAGGGAACUAUCGUGGUGACUCGGGUGGAGGAGCCCUCUAAGUACGGCGUGGUGGUGUUUGAGACGGAAGGCGGGAAGAUCCAUCGCUUCGUGGAGAAACCACAGGUCUUUGUCUCAAACAAGAUCAAUGCAGGCAUAUACAUCUUCAAUCCCAGCAUGCUCAGCAGGAUCCAGCUGAGACCGACGUCCAUAGAGAAGGAGAUAUUUCCUGUCAUGGCAGAGGAGGGGCACCUGUACGCCUUCGAGCUCCAAGGUUUCUGGAUGGACAUCGGUCAGCCCAAAGACUUCCUGACAGGGAUGUGCAUGUACCUUCAGUCGCUACGACAACAGGCUCCUGAGAGGCUACACACGGGGCCCGGUUUCCUUGGGAACGUCCUGGUGGACCCGACAGCUAAGAUCGGGCAGAACUGCACCAUCGGGCCGAACGUGAGCCUCGGCGCCGGCGUGGUGGUGGAGGACGGCGUCCGGAUCAAGCGCUGCACGGUGAUGAAGGGGGCGCGGGUUCGAUCCCACUCCUGGCUGGAGAGCUGCAUCGUGGGCUGGAGCUCCUCGGUCGGUCAGUGGGUUCGCAUGGAGAACGUGACGGUGCUCGGGGAGGACGUGAUCGUGAACGACGAGCUGUACCUGAACGGGGCCAACGUCCUGCCUCACAAAUCCAUCAACGAGUCGGUCCCGGAGCCGCGGAUCAUCAUGUAGCUGCAGGCGUGGGGGGGGGGGGGGGGAGAGAGCUCGCCCCGCCUUCUUCUUUUUAAUGAACUCAACUGAACGCCCAAGCUGUGCCAGAGAAAGAGAAAGAAAGAGAGAGAGAGAGAGAGGGAGGAACAAACGGGCAGAAGGAAGGAGGAGGAGGAGGGGAAAGGGAACAAAUGAAGGUGUUUUUUGUUUUUACUCUAUUUAAUUAAUUGAGCCUCUUUUUGUUCGCCCUGAUUGGCUGCACCUUCCAUCAGUCUGACACGAUGGCGUUAGCAUGAUCGGCUGAAACGCAGCCUGGCCCGUCCUGAAUGUGGCAGGUGGUGAACACUGCUUUAAUAAUAAAGGGUGAGGUAGAGGGGGGGGGGGGCCGGGGUGGAGGGACAAAUACUGAAGUUACUGAGAAUGUUAAGGGACGAGGGGGUGAGGGAAGGAUAUGAUCACUGCUGUUCAGAUUCACUGUGCAUUUAACGGAGCCUGAAACCGUGUCACUGAGAUCAAUCAAAACGCUGUGAUGGUUAUAAUUGAAUCCACCAGGGCUGUCACUUUUAUUCAUAUAUUCAAUCUGCUUGUUGAAUUCAAAAUCUACAAUCCUAGAAGCACAUCGGACCAUCUGAAGUGUUUUACCCCCUGGGAUCCAGCAGAGGGCGCUCACUAAAACCACAUCAGUAAUGUGGAACUUCACUUCUGGACUUAAGGGCUCUAAAAGCUCAACGUCAACAUGUCUGGUCUCCUGGUUCGAGCAGAACAAAGUGUCGACUCAACAUCUGAAGCUCUUGCGGUGAAUUAUGAAACCCAGAGAAACGGCCUCAUCCUCAACUGGAGUCGUCUUUGUUUCCGCCUGAAUGUAGUUCAAUCGAUUUUUAUAUAAGAAUUCUGUUUCGUCUUUGCCUCGGUGAACUUUUCUGUUCUUUCUUUGUAUCAUAGAAACUUUGCUUCAAUGCCAAACAAACUGCAUUUUAGAGUCAGACACUAAGAAUACAAAAGGGACAUAUAACUUUAUUUCCAGCAUGUUUUUCUGUUUGUAGAAGAAUCCUGUCAUGAACUAAACUGAUGAUUAGAAGGAUUCAUCCUUUGGUCCCACGGAGCAUCAGGUCACUCAGAGGGGAAAAAUCUCCCUUUUGAGAAAACCUCAGAAGUUUAGGGGACAUGUCAUGAUUAGAGAUAUCAGAAAAUCAGUCUGUCAUCUGUAUUUAAUCAAGUAAUAUGUUUCAGUAUAAGAUACAUAAUUAACGUAUCAGGACUUUGAAAUAAUCUCCUUAAUGGAGGAGGAAACAGCUUCGAGGUUAUUGUUGCUAACAUCUCUGUCAUGUAUAGAUCUCAUAGUUCCUCAUGAUAUUAUGAAAUAAGUUCUGUUUUUCUUUGGCCCUAAAACUCUGUCGUGCUUUGACCCCGAAUGACUGAACCACACAUUUGGGCAAUUCAAGUUUUUUACUGAGCUACAUGAAUAACACUCUGUUGGAAGCAGAUUUCACUCAAAUGAAGGUUUACAUAUUCCCGAGUCAUUGAACAUCUCCAGUAGAAGCUUUUCUGGAGCACUGAGGUCAGAUCUGAUGUUUUUUCCUCCAUGUUGCACAAAGCAGCCGGUGAUUCCAGCUGCCGGACACCGAACUGAUCUCUGAACAGGAUGCAGUUAUGCUCGUUAAUGCAGUUAUUGAUAAAACUGUUUUUAGGAUACUGAAGACUUUGUGUCUGAACGAAUGAAGUCAACUCUUUGUAAUAAAGUCUUUUUUUAAAGAGAAUAAUAUAAUCUACUGACAUUCA